CUGUCACUUAACUGUCACUGUCAAAUGGUAUUGUGUAACUUCUUUUCGAAAAAGUUGUGCUAAUCGUACAAUAAUAAUGUCGUUAUUUACUUACAAAUACUACGAUACUCCGGAGGGUCAAGAUAUUUAUAAAAAAGUGUUUGUUACAACCAAAUAUGCUACAUUGGCAGGUCUCGCUGGGGCUACAUUCGACGUUCUAAUGUUCUCGCAUCCAAAAGGCAUCGUGAAUACUACAGGGCGAUAUAUGUUUUACGUUGGCCCUUUGGUCGGUAUGGCUGCCGCAUUUACUGUUACUGCAAACGUUGCUCAAAAUAUUAGAGGCAAAAACGAUGGCGUUAACUAUUUCUUGGGAGGAGCAGCGGCUGGUACGAUUUUAAGCGCCUGGACUAGAUCUUUGACUAUUGCUUUGCCAGCGGCUUGCGUACUGGGCGCUGCCGCCCUUGUGAAGAAGGCUGCCGUUGAUGAAGGCUGGGUAAUUAUGCCCACUUUGCCUACCAAUGCAACAAAAACGAUUCAAUCAGUGAGACAUGAUUGGACAAUGGUCAAAGACAUAGAUUCACUUAAAACUUGGACCACAGGUAGCAAGUGAGGUGGAGACUAAAUAUGCCAACAAUCAGUAGUGUACAUACAAUCAAUGUUAUAUAAGUGAAAUGUUAAAUUAUAUGCUUUAAAAUGUAA